AUGAGCGUCCCAGUGCAUACCAUCGACCCGAAGGAGGUCCAGACUCACCUAUCCCAAUACAAAGGCGACAAAUAUGUCGAAGGCUGGGCCUCACUUUGGGACAAGGGCGACAAGCUCCCUUGGGACCGGGGUUUCCCCAACCCAGCUCUGGAAGACACGCUCAUCAAGCAGCGCCCGACGAUUGGCGCCCCCGUCACAGAUGCCGGUAGACGGAAGGCCCUUGUCCCCGGCUGCGGGAGGGGUGUGGAUGUCCUCUUGCUUGCCAGCUUUGGCUACGACGCCUAUGGCAUUGAGUACAGUGCUUCUGCCAUUGAGGCUUGCAAAAAAGAGGAGAAGGAAAAUGCCAGUUGGUAUCGCGUGCGGGACCAGUCGGUCGGCACCGGUAAGAUCACUUGGGUCCAGGGCGACUUCUUUGACGAUGCUUGGUUACAGAGCAUUGGUCUGCCUUUAAAUUCUUUUGAUAUUAUCUAUGAUUACACAUUCUUCUGUGCUUUGGAGCCGUCAUUGCGACCCAAGUGGGCGCUUCGUCAUACCCAGCUUCUUGCCCCUUCGCCAGCGGGCAACUUGAUCUGCCUCGAGUCUCCCCGUCAUAAGGAUCCCCAAGCUGCGGGACCUCCAUAUGCCUCAUCGUCAGAAGCAUACGUGGCACACUUGAGCCACCCGGGCGAACAAGUGCCCUACGAUGCCAAGGGCGCCGUCAAGCACGAACCUCUGCGGGCACCAAGUAAGAAUGGCCUGGAGAGAGUGGCAUACUGGAAGCCAGAGCGCACACACGAGGCAGGCCAGGGUGAGAACGGAGUGAUCCACGACCGGGUCUCGAUCUGGCGUCGCCGGAACUAG